CUUCAGGAAAAGGGUAGCUGUGGGCCUCCAGGCUUCCUUCCACUCCAUGCCAGGCUUCAAAGACACGGUGGCAGAAGGAAGAUUUUUCUUCAGUGUCUCCCACUGCCAUAGCUGCAAAGCAAGGCAAGACAGAACCUUCCCGCAAGGACCUGCUGAAGUUACUGCGAAGGCAGCAGUCAGUUUGCCCUGCGCUUGGAGUUACUCUGACCAUCUGUCCUGAUUUCACUUGGGAUCGAGUUAAUUUUCCUCCCAGUAGCUGGAACAGUGCUUGGGGUCUGGCAUCGGUCGCUGGGGAAAGGGAAGCUGGGAUUUAACCCUGUGAUGUCCUCCGAGCUCAGCCUGGGGAAGCACAAGUGUUAGACAGCAGAAGCCCGGAGUCCGCUAUUCCAGUAUGCAGUGGAAUGCUGCACGGUGUGAGGAAGCAACGUCCUAGCUGCUGCUUGAGGUUACCGUGGGCCCACGUUUCUUGCAUCUCCUUGUCAAGUUUUCUCUCUUCCGAGGUGGACCCUGCUCAUCUCUCCCCAGCUGUUAUUUUUUUGUCAGGUGGUGUUUUUAGACCACUGAGUCUUACACCCCCCUCCUCACAGCACACUGGAGAGGGGUUAUAACCUGUGUGUUAUCAGAAAGGUUUAUUGCAAUGAACUGGCUGAAUUGUUAUGUGAUAAAACAGAGUCUGCAUGCACAAAGGAGCCCAGAGGAACCGUUGCAGGGGAAGGAACCCAUGAGGGGACCCAGGUUGGAGCAGUUUGCUCCUGACAGAUGGACUCCAUGGGAAGAAGAGCCCCCACAGGAUCAGCUCGGGAAGGAGGCAUCCCCUGGGAGGGACCCCACGUUGGAGGCGAUGAUGACGUGCUCUGCGCUGACCAUGGCAGGAGGACAACAGGUGGAUGGGCUGUGGACAUUUGGACCUGUACCUGCAGCUUCAGCAUCACAGAGCCAAAGGAUGGUGGACCACACACAUGCACCAACACCAUAAUCAGUGGGCUCAGCGCAGUCUGGUCUGUGAAGAGCAAAGCCAUCAGGAUUAAGGAUACUUUCCUCCACGUCUCAGGCCUUCAAUUACCCUGAAUUUAAUGAAGCACAAUGACAGCAGCAUUCAUUUUUCUUGAAAAACCUUGUUCUGAGGUCACCAGGCUCAGUUCUCUUUACAAAUGCUUUUCAAGACCUAGAUAUGUGUCAUUGAAACCUAGGUGGUUAAAAGAGGAAGGAAGAAUGGAACCCUAAAGGGAAGAUCCUGAGACCACCAUCGCAGCCGAGGUCACCUCGCUGGAGAUGAGUGCUCAGCACUAAUGACCCAGCACCGUAGGAAAUGGCAUGGGGACCUGUACUUGUGGCUACAGAGAAGUGUACAGUGGAGGUACAGUGGAUUUUGUCCUUCCUCAGCGGUGUUUUGAAAGGUAACUUCCAGCUUUUCCCUUCAAGGGCCUCCUUUUGCUUUCCUGGGAAUGGAUACUACUCCAGUGGUGAUAAGCGAAGGCCACCCCUUACAUCCCACCUGCGUUCCCAUGAAAUGCUUCCCAUUGUGGAAAAUAAAUGGUCAAGGCCAUCACCGUGUUUCAUCCCUGCUACUGUCUCCCCAGUGGAGGAUAAUUUCAAUCACCUUCCUCAUCCUCAGGGUCUUCCUAAGCCAACAUUCACAGACUGGUUGAAGUUUGAAGGGUCCUCUGGAGGUCAUCUUGUCCACCCCCCUGCACGGAACAAGAGCAAAGCAUCUUGCUCCUCUUGCUCCUCUUGUCACCCAUCAUGAGGAAGAUGUCCAAGGCAGGAGACAAUAGAUAAAAGCCACCUUCUGUCCCCCAACUUAAGGUGUGGAUGAGAUAGACUAUGGUUCAUUGGGCAAAGAGAGUGCCCAAAGGACUGAGAGCACACAGGGAGAAAUGUCAUCUGAAAACAUGAUGACAACACACAGAGAAACAUAGAAUUAGGGUGUAGUUCCCUCACGAUUCUCGGAUGUGGUUCGUGGCUUCCAUUUAUUUCUGCAGCACUUCCUCUUCCUGCCCUGUGAGCCCUGUGCUCAAGUCAGACCGAUGGAGAGAGCAGCAGGGAGCAACCAGACAGUGCGUCCUGCUUCCAGGCAGCCCGGCUCAGAGCCCUCAGCACCCCAUGGACCGCAGUGACAUGAUUGCCCCCCGCCUUGUGAUGUUCCUCACCACUGUGCAUCUCCUGCCCUGCCAGAUGGUCUCUGAGGAAGCCGCAGUCCCUGCCCCGACCCUCUGGGUGCUGCAGGGACAGAAGGAAUAUUUCUUUGGAGAUGCUGUCACGCUAGUGUGCACCACUCCCCUCAACAUCACUGGGAAGCUGACGUACCAAAUUUUUGGUGAGGCUGGCUGGGCAGUUUCAGGAUUUAGCUCGACGAAUAACUACACGUUUGAGUUCAUCCUCUCCCGAAUGCAACACAGGGGUCCACAUUUCUGCAGCUAUUCCCUCAAGCAAGGUCAGAAGCAGCUCACAUCCCCAGCCAGUGAAAAACUGGUGAUCAAGAUUGGAGACCACCUUCCCCAGCCCCUGCUGAUGGUGGAGUCCCCGCUGGGAGAGGUGAUGGCAGGAGAUCUCCUGAGCAUCAUUUGUAAGGCCCCUGGAAUCGCCACUGUACGGAGGUUUCACUUCUACAGGGAUGGCCAAGAGGUCCUCCCUACGACAGAAGGCUCUGAGGACAAUGCAGCAGAUCAUGGGGGCAAUUUAAGGACUUCCAUGGUCCUCCAGUUCCCACGUGCUGGUCCCCAACAGAGUGGAAACUUUACCUGCAAGUAUGAGGAAAAAAAGCCUGAGAGGUGGAUCCCCUCCUUCACAAGCCAAGCCGUGUCUAUCAGUAUAAAUACCCAAAAGAAAGGGAAGAGCUGCUUCCUUCUUCUACGGCUCCUGGUUGUGGGUGGCUGCUUCCUCACCAUCAACAGCCUCAUCCUCCUCUUCUUCUGGGUCCGGGAGAGAACCAAAGACGCCUCAUUCCUGUCUGGAGCCAGCCCUGCUGGGAUCUCCCAGCUGCACGCCAGAUCCCCACACACCCUUCAGGAGGAUAAUAAGUACGAGGAACACUAAUGAGGGGAAGAUGCUGUGGGCGAUUCCACCCCCUAAAGACUGCUCCCUGCUGAAGACACAUCCCAAAAGACUGGUGUGCAGCCAAACGAGUGCUCAGCUGUGGGAAAACAAAGCAAGAAUCGGUUCCUGGGAGGAUGAAAGAAGUAGAAAGGGGUCAUUUCACGUGGUAAAGGGGAGGGAGGA